GUGAAAAAAAAUCAAACCCACACAAUUGUUUGUUUUCAGUAAGUCAACUCGAGUCAAUUGUGAGUCAACUCGAGUCAAACUUAUUUUGUACCGAAAAGUGCACAAAAGGGUACGGACGUCGUUUUCCACGUGACUGCUGACGUGGCAAUGGAAUCGCCACACGUCACGAGAACGUGGAGCCGAGUCCAAAAGAAAAAUCACACAGGCGUGUGUGGCCAUGGCCGAGUGAAGGAUUUCGGCGCCAGUGGCAGCUUCUAUGAAAGGCGCGAGGAAAGCUGCACGGAUCUCUGUCUCUCCGCCUCUCUCAAAUCGCAUCCAGGCGAGCAGGGCGCGCCAGAAAUCUCCACUCGUUUUUCCAGGCUUUCCAUCUUCUCCCCCAUCAAUCGAUUGCCAGCGGCGCAGGGUGAAAGAGGGGCGGAGGAGCGCGCGCGCGAGCGAGCCAGCUGUUGUGAUGCGCGGCACCGAUCCGUGGAUCUCGUGUCGGUGUUGCUCCUCGGAUGGGCAACUCUUGCUGCUUGAGCCUGUGCGAUUUGCUCCUGGGCGCCGAGAGUGAAGAUCCACGCGUGCUGUGCCACACUUGCUCCAUUCAUCCCGGCGGCGGCGCUGGUGGCGGCGGCGCUGGUGGGCGCUGCCGAAUCGUGGCUGGCGCGAGCGACCAGGGCAUCGGCGACAACUACGAGCUGGGCGAGGAGCUGGGCAGGGGCCAAUUCGGCGUCAUCCGGCUGUGCCGCCAUAGAUCCACCGGCGAGCGCCUGGCUUGCAAGUCCAUCGCCAAGGCCAAGCUCACGUCGGCGGCUGACGUGCGCGACGUGCAGCGCGAGAUCGAGAUCAUGCAGCAGCUGGCCGGGAAUCCACACAUUGUGGGCUUGCGCGACGUGGUGGAGGACGACGAGUCCGUCCAUAUGGUGAUGGAGCUGUGCGAGGGCGGCGAGCUCUUCGACCGGAUCGUGGAGAGGAAGAUGUACUGCGAGCGCGACGCGGCGCGGGUGUGCAAGACGGUUGUGGAGGUGAUCCAGUGCUGCAACGCGCGCGGGAUCAUCCACCGGGACCUCAAGCCCGAGAACAUCCUGCUGGUGGAUGCGGCGAGCAACUCGCGGAUCAAAGUCGCGGAUUUCGGCCUCGCUGUCCACUUCCACCCAGGCGAGACGCACUCGGGCAUGGCUGGCAGCGCGUACUACAUCGCUCCAGAGGUUUUGAGGGGCGAGUACGGGCCAGAGGUGGACGUUUGGAGCGCGGGCGUGGUACUGUACGUGAUGCUGUGUGGCGUCCCACCGUUUUGGGACGAGACGGAGGAGGGCAUCUUUGAUGCUAUUCGCUAUGGCCACCUUGACCUCUCCAGCGACCCCUGGCCAAAGCUUUCCGCCUCGGUCAAGCGCCUCGUUCGCGGGAUGCUGUGCCAGGAUCCCAGCAAGCGCCUCACUCCGGCUCAAAUCCUCAAUCACGAGUGGAUCGUUGAGCAUGCAAGCGCGGUGGACAAGGAGGAGGAGGUGUCGCCGACGCCGGGAAGCAGCCUUGCGAGGGUCAAGCUGGGGCGUCGCAGCAUCAACGCCGACUUGGGAUCGUGGAGAUCGUGGCAGACGACGACGAGCUCGAGCAGCAGCGAUAGCGACACCGGGUUCUUGGAGGGGCUCUUGAACGAUGGCCAGGACAGGGUGGCGGAGGACGAUGAGAAUAGGAGCACGGCAGUGGGAUCAUCGAAACAUCGUGGUGAUCGUGAUGGUCGGGACCGGAUUGAGAGCUCGGUGAUUGUAUCGGGGAAGACGACGAUGACUCCGACACCUCCAACGGCCGCUAGCGUGCCUUUGUACCUCACUACUCCGUGCCGGCCCCUCGACGCUUGUUACGAUGCUACACGGCUCUUCCAAAGGCAGGUGUCGAGCGGCGCGUGAUCGAAGCGAAGCGGUCGAGACGAUCUAGCCGAUUUUUGGUGGUGCAUGGUGGUGUUUUUUGCAAGUUUCGAGUGACACCACCGCUCCACACAUUUAUUUCGUUCAUCCAGAUGGUGGGCGAUUCUUCUGUUUUUUCUUUCUUUUCCUUCCAUUCUCUUUCUCUCGGAUUGAUCGACGCUAAGAUAUGUUCUCGGCUGGAACUAUUUUUUGGCUACACAAAUAAACGGUUAGCUUAAGUUUGUAUAAAA